UUAAUUACUAUUUUCUCUUUCUUAGUUGCUUAUAUUUGUCAUUAAUGUAGUGAGUUCAUAUCUACACAUCCCCAAGAUGAUCUUAAAACGAAAUUUCCGGAGUGGUUUCUUAAUAAGGUAUAAAACAUAUAUAACACGCAUUACUCUACAUCGGAUAGGUAAUACAUAUAUAACAAGCAUUCUUACUCUAUAUUUGUUAGGUCCAUUCGAUGAAAACACAAAAUUCUCUAGAAUUCCACCCAGAGUUGUAUGCCCUUUCAAUUGGUGCGAAAAUAAAUGCUGAAACUUACGCUGGUUGCAUAGUCAACGGUGUUAGGUUUAUGACACUUGAACGUGAUGCAAAACGCGCAACGCAAAACUCUGGGGUAGAAGUGGUCGGAGAGAACGGUGUGAAAUUUUAUGGCCAAUUAGAAGAAAUUAUUAAGUUGAAUUAUACAAAUGGUUAUUCUACUGUCCUAUUCCGGUGCAAGUGGUUUGAUACUCGAAGGGGUGUAAAGUAUGACAAUAAUAUCACCAGUAUAAGCACUGAACAUGAAUGGGACAAAGAUGAUCAACUCAUAUUUGCUUCGCAAGCCAAACAAGUGUUCUUCAUCCAAGAACCGUCUCGAAACAAAAAAAAUAAACCUAGAUGGGUAGUCGAGAACAUUAAUCAUCGAAAAAUUUGGGAUCGACCAUUAAAUGAUAACCGCGUCGAGCCGGUUAAAAAUGCUGAUGACGACUUAGAAGAUAUUGACAUUGUCCACAACAACUCUUCAUCUGACUGUCCACUUGUCAUCGACCUGACCCAGUACUUUCAAAUUGGGUCUUCUCAUGUUACUUCAGGUGAGCCUGCAACUGAAGUUGGUCCCCCAACGACUACCGUCGAUGAAGUGUUGGAGGUCGAGACUGAUGCUGAUGAGGACGAUCCCGAUUAUGACAUCGAGUUUGAUUAAGAGAAAACUUGUUGUAAUUUAUAUUAGUUAGUAUUUGAAAAACACUUGUUGAAAUAUUUAUCUGCAUAUUAGUUAAACUUGUUGUACUUUCUACUAAUUUCUAUUUGAUACGCUUGUUUUAACAUUUGUAACUUUUUAGGAAAUAUGUUAUCUUUGUGGUUUGUAUUUGUUUACCUGAUGGCGGAUGUGAUGCCCCGAGAACAUGGGGGAGACGGAGCUGGAGAUCCACCAAAUCCGGAUCCUUUUCGGAGAGGGACGCAUGAGAUUGACGCGGUUCCCCCAAGGAAAGUUAGGGGGAAAGCCAAGAAUCAAAAGCUUCGCCGGAUGGUCAAAAGGGGUGGGCGUGUCUCUCUUACAUUCGACAGGGAUGUAACGUAUACCCCUGUUGGUGAACCGAGCGACUUAUUUUCACGCGAGGCGGGUUUAUACAUGUGGCGGACCAUCCCUUUUGAUAGAAUAGGUUGGGGGAAAGUUCCGACUCCUUAUAAGGAGGCCGUGAUGAACCACCUAAAGGAGAGUUUCAAUUUCGAUGAAGUUGAACAGGAUUUGGAGGCGUGCGACUUAAAAGGCGGCAUUAGACAAGUGCUUAUGAAGCGGUACUCCGACCGCAAGAACUACGCUAAGAGAGAAUUUCGUGACAAUGGAGGUUAUAACGAUCUCGAACGUGCAAGGGCACACCACCCCAAGGACAUGCCUCAUGAAAAUUGGCUGAAAACAAUUGAUCACUUCUUGGACCCCAAAUAUAUUGCAAGAAGUGAGGCAAACGCAAGAGUCCGCCAACUUCAAAAAUUCCCAAACCGUGGGGGUACAUCAUCAUACAGUAGCACCGCCUACAAACAUGGUUUGAAACGUCUUGAUACGUACCGCAAAACUCACACCGAUAAAGAUGGGAAUUUUGUUGACCCGGUAGCCGAGCAGAAUUAUCUUAAUCUAGAACGCGAGAUUAUGGGCGGAGAAAGCAGCGGUUCUAACCAGCCGAAUGAGGUUGCCGCGUUUCAAAACGUUUUGGGUGAUCGACGCGGAUGGUUCCGGGGGCUUGGGCCUAAACCUUCGAAUACGCCAUCGAACACUUGUAAUGCGCAACCUCAAACCGCACAACCGUUUUCGGAGGAAUACGUUUCGACUUUGUUCCAAAGUCCGGCGUUCAUAAACCAACUUGAAUCCUUUCUUGCGGCGAGGGGAAAGCAAGUCGCACCCGACGAUGAGUAUGACGAUGAGUAUGACGAUGACGACCUAACUUGAAUCCUUUUUUCCGGUUAUUUUGUACGGAUAUUUUUUUUAGGAUGUUAUUUUUGCGAUUUUUUAGGAUGUUUAUUGUAUGGAAAUGU